AUGAUGAUGAUCAGCGAUACGAUUGUCAAAUUGCCCACCAAUAACAAUAAGAAGCGACCACCAUUGCUUGUUGCCGGAUCGGAUCCCAAGCCUGAUUUUCUUGUUUCCGAGGUGUUGUACAUGGAAGGCUUUACAGCAUCCGGUAUUUCGGAACAUGACGUGAUGGAGCUUCUCAAAAGCUGUAGCCCCAUCGAAAUCAACCUAACAGUGGGUGUGCUACGAUUUCCAUCAGCGGAACAAGCCGAUCGUGCUUACACGUUGUUCAACGGUGCAAGUCUUAAGAACGGAACACGGCUGCAGCUGAGAAUUAACCCGCCUGGUGAUGGUUGUCAGGAGCCCGAGGCUACAUCGGGCAUCUUACAAAUUCGGAACCUACCGCUGCAAACAACCAACCACUUUUUAUACAACCUCUUUCGCCCAUUUGGUCCUAUGAGUCUUUGCAAGGUUAUCAUGGAUCAAGGUCGUUUCAAGGGAACGGCUCUCGUACAAUACUUUGACGCUAUUCAUGCUGAUACGGCUGUUCACUAUAUGAACAACAAGAACAUACAAGGAAAUGCCAUCACUGUGUCUCCUUUUGUGUCAAAGAAGCAACAACAACAGCAACAGCAACCCUACCCUGACAUGGAGUAUUCGAGAUCAGCUCCCGGAAUGCCUAUCAAUCAUCAGCAAAGCAAGCGAAGCAGCAGCUACACAGCACCAUCAACAGCAAUACCAGCAACGGGAAACAACCCUAUGCAAAACAUCGAUUACACCAAUCUCUAUAUCAAGAACUUGGAUCUCAGUGUACAAAGCGCUGAUUUAUUCAAUCAUUUUUGCCAUUAUGGAAGGAUUAUCUCGGCACGCGUUAUGCGAAAUUCCACGACAAAGCAAUCCAAAGGCUUUGGGUUUGUGAGUUUCAGCAGCGCUGAGGAAGCGUGGCGUGCAUUGCAUGCUACCAAUCAAACGUAUAUCAAAAGUAAACCCAUUGUAGUUGCGUUUCAUGAACCAAAGAAGCCACGAGCUGUUUCUUCAUCCUCCAAUAACAACAAUAGCAGUGCGGCAUUGCUAUCACAAUCAGCACCCUCAUCAACCAUGUUGCCCUAUUAUCCACCUCCACAACCCACACAUACAUUACCACCUAUGCCACCACCAGCAGCUGCAGCAGUACAACAACAACAACAGCACCACCAGGCAGCUGCGAUUGCAACUUCGGGAUAUCAGCAACAACAUGCGGCUUUACCUGUACCCCCAAGUAGCCUUGUACGACAUUACUCGGCUCCCAUUCCGCAACCCCCACCACCACUGACGAUGCGAAGUGGGUCACCCGAGUCAUUAGCAAGCACAACGGCUACCACUAGCGCUGACCCAUGUGUCCAACGAUUGCGUCUUGUCGAAGCUGUUACUCAAUGUGGCGAACAACGUGAAGUGAAUGAUAUCGUUGACAUGUUGUUAACCCUCAAACGCAGAGAGCGUUCUUUAUGCCUUUUCAAUCGUGGCUAUCUGCAGGAGAAAAUUGCUGCUGCAAAGUUGGCUCUCGAUACCUGUCGCGAUGACAAUGCACGCGAUGAUGAUGGUGUACAACAAUUUCUUGAUUCUAUCAAAGGACUCACUUUACACGAACAAAAGCAAAAGUUGGGCGAUCGGCUGUUUCCAUGUGUCAAGGCAACGGGUGUCAAACACGCACCUCGUAUCACCAUCCGCUUGUUGGAUACCGUUCCCUUGGAAGAAUUAGCACGUACCAUGAAUGAUCAAGUUCAACUGAAGAAAAAGGUCGAUCAAGCUAUUGCAUCCAUGUAA